AUGGAUUUUGUUGUAGGGUUACCGAGAUCGAUACAUAACCAUGAUACAGUGUGGGUGAUAGUGGACCGAUUGACUAAAUCAGCUCAUUUUCUACCCAUUCGAGCUACUGAUACUGUAAAGGAAUUGUGUAAGAUCUACAUCAGAGACAUAGUUAAGCUCCAUGGAGUGCCAGUGUCUAUUGUUUCAAAUCGUGAUCCUCGUUUUUCAUCUCAGUUUUGGAGUAGUUUCCAUGCAGCUUUUGGUACUCCUUUGAGUUUGAGUACUGCUUUUCAUCCUCAGACCGAUGGCCAGUCCGAGAGGGUCAUUCAGUUUGUUGGGCCAAAGUUGGUACAAGAGACUACAGAGAAGGUUGCCAUCAUUCGAGAUCGACUUCGCACAGCUCAGAGUCGACAGAAGAGUUAUGCAAAUAGACGCCGUCGUGCUUUGGAGUUUAGUGUGGGUGACUUGGUGUUCUUGAAAGUAUCACCAAUGAAAGGAGUUACGAGAUUUGGUAAGAAGGAAGGGAAGCUAGCUCCUCGAUUCAUUGGAUCAUUUGAGAUCACAGAGAGGAUCAGGGAGGUGGCGUAUAGAUUGGCUUUACCACCCAGACUAUCUGUUAUUCAUGAUGUUUUCCAUGUCUCCAUGUUAAGGAGGUGCUUGAGGGAUGAAACUCAGGUUGUUGACUGCACAGAGGUUCAGUUGCGUCCUAAUGUAACCUAUGUUGAGACACCUGUUCGCAUUGUUGACAGUAUAGUGAAACAGUGA